GCUCGGCGGCUCAUUCCGCGGCCGCCGCCAGCCGAGGGGAGCGUCGCGAGCAGAUGCCGCGGGGGCCGCUCGCAGCCGCCGCCGACUUGUGAAUGGGACCCGGACUGGGGCCGGGGUUGACACCGCUGCGCUUGGCUUGCGCCAGGGACCGACGGCCCCGAGCUCGCGCCCACCCUCCAGGGCCCCAGUUUCCUCAUCUGUACUUUUGGCAUGACAAGAACAUAUACAGAGCCAAGUGAACACUUCAUAAAUGUCAGCGACAGCCCUGUGAAAUCACUGUAUUUUCGGCUCAGUGGACCCGUGACACUCGUUCCUGUUGUCAUUUGUUGAGUGACCAAUCAGAUGGGUGGAGUGUGUUAUAGAAAUUGGCAGCAAGUAUCCAAUGGGUGAAGAAGAAGCCGACUGGGGAAGUGGGCAGCCCUGACCGUGAUGUGCUCAGCCAGCAGAGACAUUCCAUUCCGAGAGAGGUCUGCCUGACACGUCUGGGAGGCCACCAUCAGCCAGGCCGCCACAGGGUUGGUGAAAGGGGUGACAGCCGCAUUCUCCUGUGCCUACCACAUAACCAAAAAUGAAGGAGCACUACUGUUUACAAGCCGCCCUGGUGUGCCUGGGUGUGCUGUGCCACAGCCAGGCCUUCACCACCGAGCGACGGAGCCACUUGCGACCCUCGUUCCACGGGCACCACGAGAAGGGCAAGGAGGGGCAGGUGCUGCAGCGCUCCAAGAGAGGCUGGGUCUGGAACCAGUUCUUCGUGAUCGAGGAGUACACCGGGCCUGACCCCGUGCUCGUGGGCAGGCUUCAUUCCGAUAUUGACUCUGGUGAUGGGAACAUUAAAUACAUUCUCUCAGGUGAAGGAGCCGGAACCAUUUUUGUGAUUGAUGACAAAUCAGGGAACAUUCAUGCCACCAAGACAUUGGACCGGGAAGAGAGAGCCCAGUACACGCUCAUGGCACAGGCGGUGGACAGGGACACCAACCGGCCGCUGGAGCCACCGUCGGAGUUCAUCGUCAAGGUCCAGGACAUUAAUGACAACCCGCCCGAGUUCCUGCAUGAGACCUAUCAUGCCAACGUGCCUGAGAGGUCCAACGUGGGGACAUCGGUAAUCCAGGUGACAGCUUCAGAUGCAGAUGAUCCCACCUAUGGAAACAGCGCGAAGUUAGUAUACAGCAUCCUAGAAGGACAACCCUACUUUUCAGUAGAAGCACAGACAGGUAUCAUCAGAACAGCCCUCCCCAACAUGGACAGGGAAGCGAAGGAGGAGUACCACGUGGUGAUCCAGGCCAAGGACAUGGGUGGACACAUGGGUGGACUCUCAGGGACAACCAAAGUGACGAUCACACUGACCGAUGUCAAUGACAACCCACCAAAGUUUCCACAGAGCGUAUACCAGAUGUCUGUGUCAGAAGCAGCUGUCCCCGGGGAGGAAGUAGGAAGAGUAAAGGCAAAAGACCCAGACAUUGGAGAAAAUGGUUUAGUCACCUACAAUAUUGUUGAUGGAGACGGUAUGGAGUUGUUUGAAAUCACCACGGACUAUGAGACACAGGAGGGUGUGGUCAAACUGAAAAAGCCUGUAGAUUUUGAAACCAAAAGAGCAUACAGCUUGAAGGUAGAGGCAGCCAAUGUGCACAUCGACCCAAAGUUCAUCAGCAACGGGCCUUUCAAGGACACUGUGACGGUCAAGAUUGCAGUGGAAGAUGCUGAUGAGCCCCCCAUGUUCUUGGCCCCAAGUUAUAUCCACGAAGUCCAAGAAAAUGCAGCGGCUGGCACUGUGGUUGGGAGAGUGCACGCCAAAGACCCCGAUGCUGCCAACAGCCCGAUAAGGUAUUCCAUCGAUCGUCAUACUGACCUCGACAGGUUUUUCACUAUUAAUCCAGAGGAUGGUUUUAUUAAAACCACAAAACCUUUGGACAGAGAGGAAACUGCCUGGCUCAACAUAUCCGUUUUUGCAGCAGAAAUCCACAACCGGCAUCAGGAAGCCAAAGUGCCAGUGGCCAUUAGGGUCCUUGAUGUCAACGAUAAUGCCCCCAAGUUUGCCGCCCCUUAUGAAGGCUUCAUCUGUGAGAGUGAUCAGACCAAGCCACUUUCUAACCAGCCAAUUGUUACAAUUAGUGCAGAUGACAAGGAUGACACAGCCAAUGGACCAAGAUUUAUCUUCAGUCUACCCCCUGAAAUCAUUCACAAUCCAAAUUUCACAGUCAGAGACAACAGAGAUAACACUGCAGGGGUGUAUGCCCGGCGUGGAGGCUUCAGUCGGCAGAAGCAGGACCUGUACCUCCUGCCCAUCGUGAUCAGCGAUGGCGGAGUCCCUCCCAUGAGUAGCACCAACACCCUCACCAUCAAGGUCUGUGGGUGUGACGUGCACGGCGUACUGCUGUCCUGCAAUGCUGAGGCCUACAUCCUGAACGCCGGCCUGAGCACGGGGGCGCUCAUCGCCAUCCUCGCCUGCAUCGUCAUUCUGCUGGUCAUUGUAGUGUUGUUUGUGACCCUGAGACGGCAAAAGAAAGAACCACUCAUAGUCUUUGAGGAAGAAGAUGUCCGUGAGAACAUCAUUACCUAUGAUGAUGAAGGGGGCGGGGAAGAAGACACAGAAGCCUUUGAUAUUGCCACCCUCCAGAAUCCUGAUGGGAUCAAUGGAUUUAUCCCUCGCAAAGACAUAAAGCCCGAGUAUCAGUACAUGCCUAGGCCUGGACUCCGGCCAGCACCCAACAGUGUGGACGUCGAUGACUUCAUCAACACGAGAAUACAGGAGGCAGAUAAUGACCCAACUGCCCCUCCUUAUGAUUCCAUCCAAAUCUAUGGUUACGAAGGCAGGGGCUCAGUGGCCGGGUCCCUGAGCUCCUUAGAGUCUGCCACCACAGAUUCAGACUUGGACUAUGACUACCUACAGAACUGGGGACCUCGUUUUAAGAAACUAGCAGACUUGUACGGUUCCAAAGACACUUUUGACGACGACUCUUAACAAUAAUGGUACAAAUUUGGCCUUAAGAACUGUGUCUGGCAUUCUGAAGAAUCUAGAAGAUAUGUAAACAGGUAUUUUUUUAAAUCAAGGAAAGGCUCAUUUAAAACAAGCAAAGUUUUACAGAGAGGAUACAUUUAAUAAAACUGCAAGGACAUCAAAGUGGUAAAUACUGUGAAGUACCUUUUCUCGCAAAAAGGCAAAUAUUGAAGUUGUUUAUCAACUUCGCUGGAGAAAAAAACCACUUGGCGUACAAAAUAUUUAAGUGAAGGAGAAGUCUCAUGGUGAACUUACAAUGAAGGGAAAUCGUUUAUGUGUUAUGAACAUCUAAGUCUUUUCUUCUUCUUCUCCUUCUUCUUCUUCUCCUUCUUCUUCUUCUUCUUCUUCUUCUUCCUUUUUUUUUGUCAAAGAAGCUUCCAGAAAAUUAGAAAGGACAACAGUUCUGAGCUGUAAUUCCGCCUUAAACUAUGGACACUCUAUAUGUAGUGCGUUUUUAAACUUGAAAUAUAUAAUAUUCAGCCAGCUUAAACCCAUACAAUGUAUGUACAAUACAAUGUACAAUUAUGUCUCUUGAGCAUCAAUCUUGUUACUGCUGAUUCUUGUAAAUCUUUUUCCUUCUACUUUCAUCUUAAACUAAUACGUGCCAGAUAUAACUGUCUUGUUUCAGUGAGAGGCGCCCUAUUUCUAUGUCAUUUUUAAUGUAUCUAUUUGUACAAUUUUAAAGUUCUUAUUUUAGUAUACAUACAAAUAUCAGUAUUCUGACAUGUAAGAAAUGUUACGGCAUCACACUUAUAUUUUAUGAACAUUGUACUGUUGCUUUAAUAUGAGCUUCAAUAUAAGAAGCAACUUUGAAAUAAAAAACAGAUUCUUUUUUAA